CGCGCGCGGCGGGGCUCGGCUGGGCGCGGAGCGGGGGAAGAUGGAAGGAGCGUCCUUCGGAGCGGGCCGGGCGGGGGCGGCCAUCGACCCCGUGGAUUUCCUCAAGCAGCCGCAGACCCUGCUCCGGGUCACCACCUGGAUCUUCUCCAUCGUGGUGUUCGGCUCCAUCGUCAACGAGUGCUACGUGAACAAGGACAGCCAGCACCCCGAGCUGCUCUGCAUCUUCAACGAGAAUGAGAGUGCCUGCAGCUACGGCAUCGCCGUGGGCGUCAUCGCCUUCUUCGGCUGCAUCUUCUUCUUCGUGCUGGACCUGCACUUCCAGCAGAUCAGCAGCGUCAAGGACCGCAAACGGGCUGUGCUGCUGGACCUGGGCUUCUCAGGUUUCCUGGCCUUCCUGUGGUUUGUGGCCUUUUGCUUCCUGGCCAACCAGUGGCAGAGGACGACGCUGACGCGCAGCUUCGCGCAGGGCGCGGACGCGGCGCGGGCGGCCAUCACCUUCUCCUUCUUCUCCAUCAUCAUCUGGGUGGUGCUGGCGCUGCGGGCGCUGCAGCGGUACCGCCUGGGCACGGACAUGUCGCUGUUCGCCACCGAGCAGUUCGGCGCCGAGCCCAGCGCCUCGUACCCCGGCUACCCGGGCGGCAGCGGCGUGGAGAGCACCGAGACCUACCAGAGCCCGCCCUUCAGCGAGAGCCUGGAGGCCAACCCCAAAGGUUACCAAGUGCCAGCCUACUGAGGGGCCGCGGCCCCGCUGUCCCGCCCCGCUGCCCCCAGCCCCGUCCCCCUGCCGUGGCCGCUCGGUGCCGGGUCCCUUUAUUAGCUCGUUGUGCAGUGAAUUCUGUACAGUGGUAUUGGUUCUUGUCUUACCUGUCCCAGGGUUUCUAAGAGCAGUGUUCCCUCUAAGCCGGGAGGAAGGAAGGUUGGUAGUGCAUCACCUGUGCGUGAGGAGGAGGAGGAGGAAAUGUCCCAAAUGUCCCCUCCGAGCUCUGCUGGGAAAGCCCAGGAUGCCUUUUCCUCUCAGCAAACAGCAGCUGAGGAAUUCUUAUCUCGUUCUUCCAGAGCUAACACAGAAUCCAUGGAGGGUGGGUAGAGCUGGCCCUGGCUGCUCCCAGUGUGGAGCUCCCAGCCCAGGUUCCAGGGAGGUGCCAAAUCCACGGGGAAAUCAGUGGUGUCUGUGUUGUUUCCUUUGUAUAUACUUGCUGUACAAAGCAAAUAUCCAAACAGGUGUUUCCAAACGUGGUUUAGAGGCACAGCAGGCCGGGGUUGGGGUCAGUAUCCAGAGGGCUUCUACGCUUCAGCAGGUUCUGGUUGAGGAUUUAAAAAGUGGCUGUUAGAAAUGG